CGUAGUUGAGAUAAGAAAUCAUUUUCACCUCAGCUGCUGCCGUAUCUACUGAAUUCCACUAUAUCCAUUUUUGAUAUUGCGUUGUUCGUCGAAUCCGCGGUGUUCUUUUUUAAUUUUCGGUAAAAAAAAAAAAAAAAAGAAACAAACCCGUCAAUAUGAGAGUCGAAAAAAUUCUCAAUCCAGAGAAAUAUGGACCCGGCCUCAAGGGCAUGUUACGGCAAAGCUUGCACGAACUACCGUUGAUUACUAUAGGCGCUCCGUUCUGCCUCCUCGGCGUGGGCUUGAUUAUGUAUCAUACCUACAGGUAUCAGAAAAAUGAUGGCAACAACAGGAGAUAUAAAUUUAAGUAUACCCUUUACCGACCAGAUGAUCCUAGAGUAUCAAACAUCAAGAACUGAAGAUUUGAAAGUAGAAUUGUGAAAAUAAUAUAACAUAUUGCUAAACUAAUAGCAAUUAGAAAUAAAUAUACAGAAAAUGAAAACAAAAUC